AUGCACGUUUCACAAACUUCUCGAAACAUUUUUAGUUUCAACAAUCGGGAACGACUCUAUACGGAUUUUACCUCUGAAAUAGUGGGUUCUUCUUCCCAUAGUGAUACAACAGUUUCAAUCCCCUUAAUAUCUCAGAGAUGGAAAACUGAAAAGAUACCGCCAGCUUUGCUUAUGACAGGUGUCACUUUUGACGAAUGUAUUAUUCAAACGGAUAAACAUAAUGUGAAAGGUUUUUGGGAAUGGGAAAAUAAUACUGUUUAUGUUACCGAAUUUCCUUCGUCAUUUCACGAGGAUUCCGUUUCUUCAAUUAUGACAGAAUUUAGUGAUGUAUUUAGUUGCGUGAAAAAUACUCAUGCUAGAAUUAAAUUCUCUGGAGCGACGAGAUCAAAAACACCUACACCUGGAGUAGGCAAAGAGCCAAAUGGGACUGUUCGACCUCUUAGAAAACCUCAAGUGCCUAGCAACGGAUAUGAUGGAAAGGUAUGGUGUUGCUUAUGCCCAAGAAGAGUGGCAUCUCAAGAACAAAGUAGAAAAUUACUGGUUCUUCCAAAUAGAGCUCACGACGUAAUUGCCAUUAAACUAAAUUACACACCAGAUAAUGUGGUUCCAACGAAGGUGACAGCAUGGCAUUAUUGUAAACAACCGAACCGUUACCCCCGUAAUGCACUUGAUUCAUUGAGGGAAUUGAAUUCCAAGCCUGUAGCUGAAAUUGAUGGACUUAGAAAGAAAAUGAAAAUAAUUAAGGAGCAGAGUUUACAAGACAAGAGCAUGGAGUGCCAUCAAACUGUUACUAAUUCACAAAGCGCACUUUCUACGAAAGAUGUUUUACAGGCUCCAGAGCCAAAGAAUCGAGAAAGUAAAUCAUUGGCAGAUAAAGAGCAAGAAGAUAUUACCACGUCUGGUUCUAUUCCCAGUUCCACCCCUAGUGUACAUGAAACUGAUGAACUGAAAAAUCUCCGUUAUUUUUGGUGGAAAACUGGCGAAAUGCACUUCAAGGCCAAAUGGGGGAAGCAACGUAAGUCUUUCCUAUUUGCUUCAACAAUUAGUUAUUUUAUUGCGAGAAUUGUUAAUAUAAGUUGUCGUUUAUUAUCAAAGUUACCAUACGAGCUUGCUUCUGAUAUUUCGUAUGAUGUUUAUGUCGAACAAACGGAUAAGCACAAUAUCCAUGGCUGGUGGGAUUGGGAAAAUGGUACGGUUCGUGUUGUUGAACUUCCUUCAGGAUUCCAUGAAAGCGGUGUUGGUGCAAUUGUCCGGCAAAUUAAUAGGGCAACUGAUGGUGUGAUGGGAACUAAUGCUGAUAUUCUUGCAACAAGGUCACAUGGAUUCGCCAAAGAAGCGGACGCAUCUUUUCGCCCAAAUCAAAAGCCUCAUGCGGGUGGAUCUGACGGAGGGAAACGACCUUGGCCAAAUAUUGUAGUAAAGGUUGCACACUCGCAAUCUGUGGCAGAUCUUUUAAGUAAAGUUGAGAAUUAUUGGCUCCAACCCGGAAGAGCUCAUGAUGCAAUCGCCAUCAAAAUAGAGCCAACUACCCCGCUAUCAGUAAUGACUGCAUGGCACUAUUGUAUAAAUAAUCGAACAAAUAUUGGUGCAUUAUCACCUUUAAUAUACGAGUUUGGAAUAACUGACAGGCAAGGAAAUCAAAUAAAUCUACAACCGUGGCAACGCGUUAUUAGUAUUCAAAUCGGAUGCCUUUAUUACGGAAUGUCAUCCACUUUUGAGAUUCCAUUACAUCUCCUACCGAAUACCAUCACUAUUGAUUUAUAUAACGUUCAAUUACCAUACGAAUUUGCUACAGAUAUUUCAUAUUAUACUUACGUUGAACAAACCGAUAAAGAUAAUAUCCAUGACUGUCACGAGUGUUUAGCUAGUUCAGAUUUUUCUGUUACUAACUAUCUUUGGCUAAAAGCCAUAAAAUCACAUGGGUCUGGAAAAGCUUCAUUUCGUCCCACGAGAAAACCUCCCGUGGAUCUGAUGGAAGGAAUCGACCUUCAAACUAGUCGAGUUCAUGAUGCAAUCGUGAUUAAAAUAGAAAAAUCUAUUGCACCAGUUACGAUUCUACCAAUGAUUAUCCGUGAAUUCGGAACAGCCAACCAUAAAAGUAAUCCAAUCCAUUCGUUAGAUUGUCUUUAUCAUGGGAUGCCUCAAAAUUUUGUGAUUUCGCCACCUCCCUACUAUGUUCAGUUUGCUUCGCGCCUUUGUAUUGAUACUAAAUUCUUUGUUUUGAUCGCUGAGAAUGAUUAUUUACUUAUUAACUUGGAUACGGGGAAAAUAGAAAGAGAUUCACAAGAUGUAUAUAAAGCUUCAAAAGACGCGAGAUUCUAUGAUAUUUAUGGUGUAUUGGGUUUCCUGGAAUUAUUAUCAGCUAUUCACUUAAUUGUGAUCACUGAAAGAAAAAAUCUUGGGAAAGUUCAAGGUAAAGAUGUUUACGCGAUUAAAAGAGUAGCGGUUAUACCCUUGGAUUUCGAAAGAGCAGUUAAAAUUUUGGAAAGACAUGUUCAUAAAGAGGAGGAUAAAUAUGAUCAAGAAGAUUUAAAUUUUAGGAUAGAGAAUAAUAUAGAAGAGCAUACACAAUAUGCUUCUUCUUCUGUAACUGAAGAUACUAUUAAAGUAACAGAUUCAUCAGAAAUGUCAUCAUUAUCCCUUUCUCCUUCUCCUACUAUUGUUAUUACUCCAAUCUCGCCAUCAUCACCUCAGAAACAAAUUGAUCUAGAAGAUUUUGAAUGGGAAUCAGUUACGCCAAUUAAUAAUGAUUUUAAUGACGACGUUUUAGAACAACAACAGAAAGAAAGGAAUUCUUCUUCUGAUGUAUUAUCUGCUAUAGGGAAUCUAUUUCUUAAAGAUUAUAAUACCACAAAUUCUCCAGGAACUGUGAAUAUUAAAGAUCCGAUUGACAAUAAAGUGAUGGAUGCUAGGAUAUCGCGGGAACUUGCAGCAAUAUUUCGUUCAGAUGCAUUUUUCUUCUCUUAUGAACUUGGUUUUUGGUGGAAUGAACAUAUGCUUCAGAACUUUAUUGAACUUGAAUUACAUGCAUGGAUAUUACCUGUAAUGCAAGGUUUUGUGCAGAUCAAACCUUGUGAGAUUGAUGAAAAUUCUUUUGAUUUCAUAAUUAUUUCUCGAAGAAGUAAAGAGAGAGCUGGAUUGAGAUAUCAACGUAGAGGUAUAAAUGAACAUGGAAAUGUUUCUAAUUUUGUAGAAACUGAACAAAUAAUAUCAGUUAAGGAUCAUGAAAUUUCAUUCUUACAAAUUCGUGGUUCAAUUCCAUUAUUUUGGUCACAAUCAUCAUAUGGAUUAAAACCAAGACCAGUAUUGGAACGUUCAGAAAGUGAAAAUAAAUUAGCAUUUUCUAAACAUUUCGAUUCUUUGAUCAAAGUUUAUGGAAAUGUAAUUUGUAUUAAUUUAGUUGAAGCCUGUGGUAGAGAAGCAGUUGUUGGUGGAAUGAAAUAUGAAAAUAUUUCCAAACUCGUUGAGAUGCUUGAAAAAAGUUUUAAUGAUAUUGGUUACUUUUGGAAAGCAAAGAAUAAUGAAACUGGGGAAGACGAAGUUCAUUGUUAUCAGAAAGGAAUCUUUCGUACGAAUUGUAUGGAUUGCUUAGACCGGACAAAUGUUGUACAAAGUUCCCUUGCUAGGACAGUAAUGAAUCUUCAACUUUUAAGGCUUGGGAUAUCAGAAUUUGUGGAUGGUGGCAUUUCACAUUAUGAACAAUUCGAAAAUAUAUUUAAUGAUGAUUCUAUAAGUAGAGAAUAUGCAGGAACUAGUGCAUUAAAAGGAGAUUUUACUAGAAAUCUACAAGGUGUUUUUAAUGAUGCAACAAAUUCAAUUGCAAGAUUGUUCCAAAAUAAUUUUAAAGACUUUUUCCGACAACGUAAAUUUGAAGCAUCUCAACCUGGUGAUGCUUAUCGAUGGGCAAAAGUUAGGGCCACAGCAAUUGAUAUUAGUAGUUCAAUAGUUAUUUUGGAAAAUGAAGAAAGAAUUAAUGGAUGGACAUUUCUUUCUCCUGUUGAACCAAAUACUCUUGAAAAUUCAAUUAAAAAAACUAGUCAACAAACUGUUAAUGAAGUUGUAACAGAGAUUGUAAAAGCUUGUGGACAAAUUGGUAAUGUCAUUGAAGAAGUUGAAAGGCCUAUAAUAAGUCUUGAAGAAGCCAUUAAAGGUGCAGGCAUAAUGGCUAAAGUAGGAUUUAGAUUUAAGCAGGCCUUAUGGUUAUAA